UGCGUUAACGCUUUUUCAGCCCAUCGUUCAGUAGAGUGUGGUGAGUCAUUGGUGACAAUACAAAACUGCAGUCGCCACAGCCAGCCACACUUGCGUCUUGCACGUUUUGUUCGUGGGUUUUGCAGCUGGAUCUGUGACCGUGUUCUGUCAACUCCAGACGAACUGCGUCGCUCUUAAGAUUGUUUGCGCUUUAUAUUUCUGAAAUGCGGGAUUGUUUUCUUCUCAGCUUUUCUGUACAAUAUUAUGGAUUGGGGUGUGUACGAUAGGGAGCAUGAUUGUUACGACACUUUCUACGACCUACUGGACGAUGGCAUGCAAAACUGCUCCUUUUGGGAUACUUCCGCUCAGGCUCUGAAAGGCACUACUCUUGAUGGAACCCACCACAAUCAGGAUACUGCAAUAUGGGAACAUGACCGAGAAUCUGGAUCCGGGCUGAUAUUUAUACCGAAAGCGACUCUUGACCCGUCCGAUUUGGUUUACCGUGAAGAAAUUGAUCCCGAUGAGGUGGACGACGUUCCUCUUCCGCCGAAGCGUCGAUCGAGGAAUGCACCGUUAGUUCAACCACCAAAAGUCACCGUUAAAUUCGAAGCAGCCCCGUUCACUCUACUCGGUCAAACACUGAGCCUGACCGACAUCGGCUACUCUGAGAUCGCUGAAAAGGCGGCGGAUUUUAAGGACAGUAACAGCACAAAUAAAGAAAAGUGCAACAAUACGCUGACGGCUGUUACCAGCACAACGCCAGUCACUUCGGGACAGCCGACGGAUUUCACUGAAGCGCUGCUAAUGAGCUACAGCUUAUGGAAUCCGGACACAAAUUUGAACUCUGACUGUGUUCUGCGAGCCGCACUUUUUUGCAGCAGUUCUCAUACGCAGAACAAACGCGUUCGAGACGCGCUGAACCUCUUGGCUCCUCUGUAUCCGGCGCCGAUAUCCAGUGCUCUUCCGGCUGCUCUCCGGGAUGCUCCGAAGAGGGCAUAUUCCGGGGCACAGAAGCCAGUCAGUGGACAAGGACAGACGACGGCGACCAAGCGGUUUAGUUCUGUCAUUAAUAGCGUUUCUGCUGCAAAAAAGAGUCGCGCCCUUAGUCAGCCGAGUUUUCCCACCAAAAAGGUAAAAACCUCAAACGCCCGCACACCAGAUACCCCCACCAUCGAUGUGUACCAAGCCCACGUGCAAGGAGUCAAGGUUGCGAAUCGAAUGCAGAAAUUGUUAGAAGACAUCGAUGUGGACAUGGGUACACCUCUAAAUGAUAGAAAAGUGGUAAACAAAGUGUUUUCUACUGCAAUGCUUAUGGAUAGUACAGAUUACCCGCCGACAUCCCCUACAUCGGAAGAAACGUCGGACACACGCUCACUCAGCCUCUCGGAUGAGGAUGAUAAAAUGAAUUCUUUGGAUUGUGGGUCUAACAUGUCUUGCAGAAAUAGCGAGGCUAGCAGCAGCAGCAACGGUUCAACAACCUCUUCGGAGAUGAACAGGAUGAUCAAGAAUAUGCGCUUCGAUAGUGCCCGGAUGACCAAAAUUUUAUUCGGGAACUACUUGGCACUGAAAGUGCCGAGGAAUAAGGACUUUCCACAAGUCCAUAGUCCAGAAUUGUGACUGAACGGCGAAAUACCGGAUGACAAACAGAAGAUCUUAGUUGGUUUACUUUAAUUAUGAUUGUUUUACUUUUAAAUCGUUGUUAGCGUGUAAAGGAUUAGGAUUGUGUGGCUUGUAUAGAGCGAGUAGCCCGGUUAAUCCUAAAUAUCGGUUGCAAGUAGAGUUGAUGAAUGGCUGAGAUACUUCUAUUUUCCUGCUGAAACUGGGAAUGGGAUUUUAACUUUAAUACGAUUGUUUUUAUUUUCUUAGUUUUAUCUGUAGAAGUACGAGUAUGGACGUUGUACUGCUGAAUGAGCUUUUCAUAAAAUUAUGAAACACCAAACUGGAAAGUACAUAAGCUAAA